UGGAAAACGUCCCACCAUUGGUUCACGAACAGAUGUCACUGCUGCUGGGCAGGGCAGGCUCAUCGUCAAACCCUUUCUUCUCAAGCUGCCACUCGACGCAAAGGAGGUGGGGGUUUUUUAUGUAAAUUCGAGCUGCAAUUUGGAAACCACCCCCCACCACCAAGCUUGAAUAAAAAAGGCUGCUUGCCGCACGCACGUCAGUUACAGCCAUGCCUCUGGGGAAGGCGGACACCGCAAAUAUUUGGAGUGAAUAUGGACCUCAAUGCAAGGUGGUGCAAACCGCGUCGGCCAUCUACCUCACGAAAACCGAUGACAAGACGGACACGUGCAUAUCGGGAACAACGUGUAUCAUCGAGUCUAAGGAAAUGACCUACCUCGUCAUGUGCGCGGACGAAAAGCUAGAAACCAUCUGUCACAUAGAAGAUCAGACAUUCUUGCAAACGCCUGACAGAACACUAGAAUUCGAAUCGUGGAAGGGAAGAAAAAUGGUCCUCAGCUUUGGAGAUGAAGAGGAGCUGGACAAGCUCGCAGGGUCCCUUCCACCCCACUUAGUCAAACGCAAAGAGAAUACAACGUCGAAAAUUUCCUUCAGAAACAAGAUGCAUCUUCCCAAAUUGAGGUGGCUGUCAGGGAGGAGCCUGGAUGUUCAGCCGAAUAUCCAACGAAAGAAAAAGCAAACCCCAGAAGCAGAAUCAAAAGCUCCCAAGCCUGGACCUCCUCCACCUAAACCUCCUCCCUUAUCCACACUCCCGAGCGACAUUGUAUUAACUAUGACGAGUACGCGGCCUCGGAAUGGCGGACAGCAGCAGGGCAUCGCCUCACCUGCAUCGCCACCCUCACCUGAACCCACUAGAGCGCAAAACGAGGACGCAGUACAGGACACGAAGUGUCACUUGAAACUUCAGCAGUGCCCCAUCUGCCACUGUUGGUACCCCUUUGGUGACAUCAUUUGGCAUGCCAGUGCGUGCGGGGAGCACGGACAGCGUUUCGGGCCACUCUCGGCCGCCGAACACACGUGACCCCGCACGUUCAUGUUAACGUACGUUGUGUCCACGUGAACAAUACGCGUUCAACUAUGAGCACUUCAUUGGCGGGACGGGGAGCGGUGACUGUCACGAGCGAUGCGAUUUUCGUCCGGGGUCGAAGGCACGAAGCUCAACGCUACCCCUGGGUGGGAUACUAGGCUUGGUGUGGCCAGAACGAGGCACAGAGGCCAACAAAAAGUCGAGACUAUUGUUGGGUGGCAGCCGGGGCAUGGCAGCACGGCAUGAGAUUCCUCACUCGCGUCGCCUCCCUCGUACCCGCGUGGAUCUUCUACGGAUACUGCAAUUUCCUCCCACGUUCAAAAUGCUACUUUUAUCAUAUUUGCUAAAGUGCCGAAAUGGAGGGCCCUUUUUUUUACAAAUAGCCUCGAGAUCCCAGUGAGGCCUUUUCUGGGUAUAUAAAAAACUGCAUUAUUUAGAUUUUUUUUUAUCUCCAUUGGCAGCACAGAACCAGCCGCGAACAUUUCAGGUUCCUACGUUGAGGGCCAGCCUCUGCUGAGGACCGCCACUGAUUGAUGCUGCACAAAGUUGUACUGCUUUUAUCAGGCCCAGAGGGGGAUGGGUUGGCUCAUGACUCUUUUCCACCUUACAAAACUGAGCCGUGCCAGGAUCAUUGUCACAUUUUAUUAGGCAGCCAUUGGAGCUAUGUGCACUUUUAAAUUUAGAUUGAAAACUAAUUUAUUUAAAACUGCUUUGUUGUGUUUAGUUU